CCUCUGUGCUAGUGAGGCUGAGUUGAGGAGGCUUCCGGAUCCAUUCGGUGUUGAGACGCCGAACCGCUGGCAAAUAUCUUCGGAUGAAGAGAUGGCCCGUCGGCUGCAGAAGCAGUACGAUGAAGGCAUCUCUCCCACCGGCGCCGGCUCGAGCCCGUACCGACCGCCCGCGGAUGUAUGGCGUGCAGCAUUGGAGCACACUCCUUCUCGGUAUCCUCAACAACCUCGUAACUUCGUCGACCUAACGCUCGACUCUCCCAAUCAACUGCUCGGGAUGUCUGGUGGCGAUUUCAUGUAUGAUGGUGGUCCGGUGGUUAUGAAAGAAGAGUAUCGGGACGGCUACGGCUACGGGGACGGGGACGGCUACGAGGACGGGGACGGCUACGAGGAAGACUUCUUGGACGAUAUGGUAGGGUAUGGCCCGGAUGAAGACAUGGAUGAUGAAGAACUCCUCGAAUGGCCGGAUAAUCUGGGGUCAUUCGAGGACCAAGCAGACCCAUCCUACGUGGACACGAUGCGCUCACAGCUAAUUGUCGACCCCUAUGGAAGUGUCCUUAAUGAUGGCUGGGGAGUCCCAAGGAUGUUGCCCGGUGCAGUUAGAAACUACGUUGAUUACGUUUCGAACGAUCCGACCAAAACCGCGGAGCAGCUCAAAAACCUGCUGGAGAAUGUUCGUCCAGACAUGGAAAUCCCGAAGGAGCAACGCGAAGGAACUCCGGAUGCGAUGUACUAUCCUCUGAUGGAGCACCAGAGAGUAGGCUUGACGUGGUUAAAGAAGAUGGAAGAAGGCAGAACCAAAGGUGGUAUCCUGGCAGACGACAUGGGUUUGGGGAAGACUAUCCAGACACUUGCACUUCUCGUUUCUCGUCCGUCGGAAGACCCAAAGCGCAAGACAACUCUGAUUGUCGCACCCGUUGCGUUGCUGAAGCAGUGGGAACGAGAGAUCAAGAAGAAACUAAAAAAGGACCAUCGGCUCUCUGUCUUCAUCUACCAUGGAAGUGGCAAGAAGGUCAAAUCCUUCUCCGAUCUGACGAAGUACGAUGUUGUCUUGACAACCUUCGGAACGGUCGCGUCGGAAUACAAGCGCAAGGAGACCCAUAAACGUCUUGUAGCAUCUGGACAGGCUCCCAGAGAGCUAGCACUCUUGCUCCUCGGUGAUGAGUCUCGCUUCUACCGGAUCGUCAUCGAUGAGGCCCAAUGGAUAAAGAACAAGGACACGCAGUCGUCGAAAGGGUGCUCGGAUUUGAAGGCCACGUACCGACUCUGUUUGUCGGGAACUCCCAUGCAAAACUCGUGUGACGAGUUAUUCUCUCUGCUCCGGUUCCUCAGGAUCAAACCGUACAGCGAGUGGUCGGAGUUCGCUGCAACCUUCUCGCGUCCGCUCAAGGCCAAAUCGAACAGUGCAGCUAGUCAGGCAAUGGAGAAGCUGCAGGCUCUCCUAAAAAUUGUUUUGCUUCGCAGAACCAAGUCUUCGAUGAUUGACGGCAAACCUAUUCUCAGUCUCCCUCCCAAGGAAAUUGAAAUGGUUCACUCCGUCUUCUCCCCGGACGAACAGGCCUUCUACGAUGCUUUGGAGAACAGGUCGAGGAUAAUCUUCAACAAGUAUUUGAGGCAGGACGCUGUUGGACGGAAUUACUCUAAUCUCCUGGUUCUCCUCCUUCGCUUGAGACAGGCCUGUUGCCAUCCACAUCUGAUUAACGAUAUCGAGGAGCCCAAAGGACCCGAUGAGUUGACUCAUAUGAUGACAUUGGUCGGCGAGCUCUCCAUUGAUGCGAUCGAUAGGAUAAAGCAGUCGGAAUCGUUGGAGUGCCCUGUCUGCCUCGAUGUUUCGGAAAAUCCGUCCAUCGUCAUUCCGUGCGGUCAUCUCUUCUGCAAAGAAUGCUUGCUCCAGGUUCAGAGCACCCAUGAACAACAUAAUAUGGAGCGAGGGGAUGAUAGCUCCAAGCUUAGGUGCCCGGGAUGUCGUGGAGAGUUGGACAUGAAGAAGGUGACCGACCUCAACACUUUCAAGAUGGUCCAUCCUCCGGGUGGAACAGAUGAGGUGUUUGAAGACGCCAAAAAGGAAGAUGAUCAGUUGAUCUAUGACUCCGACUCUGAGGAGGAUGAGGAUGAAAACGAAGACCCCAGCCUUGGUGGGUUUAUCGUUAACGACGAAGACGAGCCUUUGGCCAAGGGAAAGGGGAAGAAGAAAGCGAAAGCGAAGCCCAAGGCUAAGAGUAAAUCCAAGAAGUUCAGGGACGACAAGGGCAAGGGAAAAGCCAAGAAGGGAAGAACUUUGGCGGAGGUGCGGAAAGAUGCCAUGAGGAACGAUAAGAGCAGGAAGAUCUACCACAAGUACCUGGAGAAGCGCUGGGUCGACAGUGCCAAAAUCUCGAAGUGUGUGGAAAUCAUCGAGGAUAUUCGCGUCAACCGCUCGGAGGAGAAGACCAUUGUGUUCAGCCAGUUUACCUCGCUUCUCGAUCUCCUCGAGAUUCCUAUUUCUAGGAAGGGCAUCAGCUACCGCAGGUACGAUGGAGGAAUGUCCUCGGCGAAACGCAAUCAGUCCCUCAUGGACUUCCAGGACGACCCAGACAUCAAGGUGCUCCUUGUGAGUCUGAAGGCCGGAAACUCCGGUCUCAACCUGGUCGCCGCUUCUCAAGUGAUCAUCUUCGAUCCUUUCUACAACCCCUACAUUGAGCUUCAAGCUAUCGAUCGCGCUCAUCGCAUCGGACAGCAGCGCGCCGUCAUGGUCCACAGACUCGUUGUUGCUGGAACCGUCGAAGAUCGUGUUCUCGAGCUUCAGCAGAAAAAGAAGAUGUUGAUUGAAGGAGCCCUAGAUGAGAAUGCUCAGCGCGGUCUUGGAAGACUGACGGCCAGAGACCUCGGAUUCCUUUUCGGAAUCGGCAAGGACUAGGGAUACACCAUUUACGGUUCAAUCUAACGACUCUUACGAACUGAUGAUACCCAGGCAAACUCUUCUCUUUUUUUGUUUCUUAACCGUUGGGGAUCGGCUUCAACUGGUAAUUUCUUUUGUUUUCUUUUCUUUUUGUCUUCGGGAUGGCGGCGAAUAGAUGGUAUACACGGGUGACACUUCUUACACGGCGUUUUGGAGGAACUACAUACUUGGGUUUGGUCUGUUUUGGGGGAAAGGGGGGCUU